GUUCCCGUUGUUCCAUCAAUUCGGAUCCUCUGUAUUUUUCAGAACCAUUCAUUCAGGCGCCAUCUCGAAUUAUUCCUCUUCUUUGGCGCCAACACCACAACCACCACCACCACCAGACAGAGCCGAUACCAUGCCAUUGUACACCACAAAAAAGAGCAACAAGCUGCGGGCUUCCAUGUUCGAUGAGAAGCCUGCAAAGGACUACGAUCCUGAAGCCGAGCCUCGCGAUGGUGACGAUGAUCAGAGCGGAAGCGAAGCCGACAGCGAUGUUGAACGCGCCGAGACGGAACACUAUGUCACAGUUGGCAAGAGCAAGCUUCGAAAAGCAGAAGCACCCACACUCGGCCCCGAAUACAGCGGUACCCGCGUCAGCCGCAAGGCCCUAGAGGAGAGCGACGAAGAAGAUUUUGAGGACGAGGAGGAAGACGAUGAGGAAGAUGAUGAUGACGAGGACGACCUCGAAGAUGGCGAGUCCGAGACCGGCUCCGAAGAGUUCGCCGACCCAGAUACCGCGGACCUCGAACGCGAUCACAUCGACGAAGACGCCGAGAUCUCCAGCGACAAUGCGCUAGGGGAGGAUGACGCAGACUGGGCGGAAAAGUUCACCUUCCGUGGAAGCUCCAAGCCCAAGACACCAGCCAAGACCUCCAAGAAGGACGACCUUGCGGUUCGCAUCAAGAAGAGGCCCACUGCUGCUGACUUUAUGUCCGGCUCCGAGGAUGAUGAAGAGGAGGAAGAUGAUGAGGAGGAUCUUGAGGAAGACGAGGAAGACGAGGAGGAUUCUGAGGAGGGCGAGCAAAACGGCCUGUUCGACAUGGAGGCCGAAGAGACGGAGGACGACGAGGGUGAGGAUGAUGAGGAAGAACUUGACGGUGCUCUGCUCUCCGGCAGCGACGACGAAGAGGGCGAUUCCGAAGAGGACGACGAGGAUGACGAAGAAGGCUCCGGCGACGAGGACGAGGACGAAGAUGACGAAGACGAAGACGAAGAUGAGGACGAUGAGUCUGGCGACGAUGACGAGAAGAACGACGUGAACGCCGAGCUCCGCAAGAUCAUGGCCGAAGACGAGAAGAAGAUCGUUUCCACCUUCUCGAAAGCCGCCGAGGCCGACGCCCAAAAGGGUGUUGCCGUCCGCUCCCAGCGCCGCAUCUUCGACUCCAUCCUCAACCUCCGCAUCCGUCUCCAAAAGGCCCUCAUCGCCGCCAACACCUUCAACUGCGUCGAGAAGCCCGAAAACUUCAAGGAGAAGCCCUACGAGGCCGCCGAGGAAGCCGCCGUCAAGCUCUGGAACACCAUCGACUCGGUCCGCAACAGCUUCCUCCCCGAGCAAGUCAAGGCCAAGGCCGGCGAGAAGCGCAAGCGCGACGCCAUCGAGCUCGACACGCCCGCGCAGGAAAUCUGGGAGGUUCUUGAGGCCGUCGAGGGUCCCGCCAACAAGUACCGCCGCCAGGUCCUCGACAAGUGGUCCACCCGCGUGCGCAGCACCACCGCCAGCAUGACCAAGGAGCGCCGCCUCGCGCAGUCUGCCGGCUCCCAAUCGCUCGUCUCCGUGCUCGACGACCAGCUCCUCAGCGCCGACCGCCUCAUCAAGAAGGCGCGCACGCCGCGCUCGUGCGCCCCCGCGCAGGCGGCCAAGAAGGUCGAGGAAGACGCCGACAUCUACGACGACGCCGACUUUUACCAGCUGCUGCUUAAGGAGCUAGUCGACCAGCGCAGUUCGGAUUCCGCUGCGCCUGGAGAGUCCGUGGCGACCGUCAGGUGGGCGGCGCUCAAGGAGGCCAAGACGAGGAAGCAGGUGGAUCGGAAGGCGAGCAAGGGUCGCAAGUUGCGGUUCACGGUGCACGAGAAGUUGCAGAACUUUAUGGCGCCGGAGGAUAGAAGGUCAUGGGAGGAGCAUGCGAUCGAUCGGUUCUUUGGCACGCUGUUUGGGCAGAAGAUGGUGCUCAAGGAGGAUGAGGCGGAGGCAGAGGCGGCGGAGGAGGAUGAGGAGAUGGGUGGUGUUAACGUUGAGGAGGCUGGUUUGAAGCUUUUCCGGUCGUGAGUGACGGUAGAGACGUACGAGGGAGAAGGAUAUAUCCUGAAUAUGGAUGAGAAACAUGCAUAGAUUAUAGUUGGAGAGAGAGCGAAUGCUCGUCUGUUGCAAUACCCGCAUUUACGAGGCGUGCAAAAGGAAUAUACAUGUUCUUGACAUCAUCAGCUUCAUUCUUCGAUUAUCAUGAAUUAAUUCAAAUUGGG